CUUCCUCCCACAAAGUAAAGUCGUGCAGCCUGUUUAGUUACUUCAACAAUUGUUCUCAGUUUCAGCGGAAGCAGAUAGGAAUUCUGGAUUGUGGUCACAACCUGUAAAAACCAAGAUGAAGCAGCAUGUGCAGUUGAGGAAACCAAGACACACAGAGAGAACUCAUCCCCAGAGUCACCACUGCUAGCAGAAGGUGGUCUGUGCUCUUAACUGCUGUGAUAGAAUGAUAUAACUUCAAGAGGAGAAGAGAUGGUUCAAGGAAGCUAAACGUCAUUUAGGAUGGCAAGAAGUCAAAAUAUAAUGACCAAAAUUGACCAAUCAACUCUUGCAAACGAGGCAUCUCUGCCCAGAGAGAUCAAGAGAUUCUUUGAAGUUGUCUGCUCCUUCCUGGCUGCCAUGAACGGAAUGCUUUCCUCCUUUAUACCCUCCUGCCAUGAUGUUCUGCAUCACCUCGGGCCCAAAGAAAUGGAGCCUCAAACCUCUGAAAUGCCUCCACCUAUUAUAGAUUUUGGAAAGAUAAUCAUCUACACAAAUAACCUGAAAAUCAUCCGAACCCCAAUGGACAAGAGGGAUUUCAUGAGGAAAAUUCUCCAGAAAGAAGAAGUGGCUGAGGAAGAGUCUCUGAUGAGCAAAGAAGAAACCUAUGGAGAUAGAGACCAGAAUGAUGGGCCUUUGUCAGAGACGGAGAGCACAUUUCCCCAUGAUCAGUACAUGCAGGAAGGGGAACUUCCCGAGGACAACUGUUUUCACUGCCGAGGUUCUGGCAGUGCCACCUGCUCUCUGUGCCAUGGCAGCAAGUUCUCGAUGCUGGCCAACAGAUUUAAGGAGUCCUACCGGGCCCUGAGGUGCCCUGCCUGCAAUGAGAAUGGCCUGCAGCCUUGCCAGAUUUGCAAUCAAUAGCUGUGGCUUUUGCAUGUCAGCUUUUAUUGUACUCUCCCUAAAGUUAUUUCUAAUAAACUGUCCCCUCCUCCUCCUCCUGCCUCUCCCAGCAAGGAAGCCACUGCAGCUGUAAUCACUUCCACCGUUAGCAAAACUCAAUUAUUCAGUGACAUUUUGUGAGGCUGGGAGCAUCUCCAUGUGGGUCUAAGUAGCAGGGGCAUUUUUGAAUCAGAGUCAGCUUUGAAACCUGUUCUAAAAUUAUCCUUUCAGGAAUGUGUGCACGUAUCUCACUUGAUUUAGCUCAGUUUUCACCUUGCACCAGUGAACAAAUAAAUGUACACUUCAGGCAGCAGGUUGAAAUUAUUUUCUGGUUGGGAGGUAUUUUGCAAAAUUAUGUGGUAAGCAUGGACUCAAAAGGCAGCUUUCUGAUGAACUGAAUUCCUGUUGCUUAUAAUACAUCUGAAAUUGUCAUUGGUCAAAUUGAAUUUCUAAUUAAGCAGAAGAAAGGGAGAGCCAACACUGAACACUCCAGCAGGCCACCACAAAACAGGAUGUUCAUCCCGAGAUAGGCAAGCUGAGGAGGCUUGUCCUUCCAAAGUCUCCCCUGGGGGCUUUGCUUAGGUAGCACCCAUGCAGGCAGUGAGCAGGACUACUUCUCAGGUCAAGCUGAGAUGGGACAUUUUGAGUGCCUCUAACCACUGAAGUUAUAAGCCAAGUCGAAGCUAUUUAUGAUAAAUUUGGUGCUCCAGUAUGUGUGUAAUAGGACUUUUUCCAGCUCCUGAAUGGUUACCAAAUAAACAGAUCUAUUUUAAGUUUAAUAUGUAGCCACAAUGUCUACAUAAAAGAUGACAGAUAUUUUGUAGAUAUCUGUUGGAAAACUUCUAGGAGAAAAACUUUGUAAGGAUGAUUUUAGGCAGUUAUAUUUCUACUGUCCACAGAUGCACAUACUGUGGAUUAUUUUCUCCUAAGGUUUGUUAGUAAAUUAGAAAGACACUUUUGUUAAUAAAUUUUUGUAGCCCUAACAUCCAUUCCCCAUGUCCCUUGAGAAUAACACUGUAAAAUCUCUUAUCUAUUUGAGACCCAUUACUUUUCUAUGAUGAUUUUGAUUUCAUAACUUAAUCAUUUUUCAAGAUUUGUUUGUUAAUCUCUAAUAUCCAGCUAUUAAAAUACUUCAGCAAUGGAAUGCUUUGGGGGCAACAUAAAUACUUCUAAUAAAACGCAUGAAAACUUU